AUGACGGCCAUUAUUCGCAAGUUGAGGAGGAAGCGCAAGCUGUCUUCCGAACUGCAUUCUCGAUGGGGCGAUGUAUCAAUCACUUAUCCCACCGAAGGCUCCUGGAGUCAGUGGGACCAGCCUUCUAGCAUCAAGAUGAAUAUUGCUCCUGAGAUCCCUUCGGAACAACGUCGAAGGCAUAGUUCGCCAGAGGCUCGACAUCGAGAAAGUAACUCUUCUCGCCCCGAGCCAACCUUGCAUUCUGGGGACUCGGAAGGACGGGAAUCGUCAGUCGAUUCUGCCAUGACAAUACCCACCAGACACUACGAUGCGAAAUUACGAAGUCGAUCAACAAAAGAACAGCCCACGCAGAAAUUCUCAGAGCACCGUGGAAUUGUAAGUGAGCAGAAGGGCCUUGUCAACCCUUGGGAUGAAAUAUGCUCCAGCGACGAAGCCGAUGAAGCCGAAGAAGACGUUAUUCCACCGCCAAAGGGCCCCAAACGGCUUCCGCGAGAAUUAAAUCGUCUCAAACUCAAUGCACAUAUGGAUGACCUUAAUCGCGCAUCCAAGUCACCCCCGCUCUCUGUCACCUCGCGAAUGCGGCGACGCAGUCAACAAAGCAGCGUCACCGAGCCGACAGCAUCGGUUUCGGGAACCUCGAGUUCCAAGCAUACGAGCUUUACGUCCUCAGUACCGUCAGUCCCACCUGAGGAUCCUCGACAUAUGUCGUACUCUCCAUUUCAAGAACAGAAACUCGCUCGCCGGUCAAAGCCUCGAGAGACUGAGCCAGUCCGUGAGCCAGUUCGUGAGCCGGAGUUGGUGCCCUCCUACGAUGAGCUCUACGGGUAG